UUGCCUAACAAACAUAUCCGGUCCUAGUCUUUACACUUCUUCCAUUCUCACGACCAUGUAUCUCUCUAGCUCUGGCUCUGUGGAAAUGGAUGAUCAUUACCCUCAUGAAAACCCUAAUCUUAAACCUAGUUAUAAUUACACACAUCUAACCGAUGGUACUACUGCUAUUACAGAUCCUUUGUCCUUGGAUUUCGAGUCGUUGCAGUAUCUGAUGCUUGCUGAUCAUGGGAUUCAUGACCAGUACGAUUCGACGCCGCAAAUUAGACAGGCAUCAUCGGAAAACAUGAUCAUGACUGAGGAGGGCUCGGUCGAAUCCCUCGCCGGUGCAACAUCAAGAAAUAAUUGCAUAAAUAUUGAGGUGAAGAAGGCGGAGAAGAUGGGUGUGGGUCAUCGAGUUGCGUUUAGAACCAAAUCGGAGCAGGAGGUGAUGGACGAUGGAUACAAGUGGAGGAAGUACGGAAAGAAGUCUGUCAAGAGCAGCCCAAACCCGAGGAAUUAUUACAAAUGUUCAAGCGGAGGAUGCAACGUGAAGAAGAGGGUGGAGAGGGAGAGAGAAGACCCAAGCUACGUGAUCACUACAUACGAGGGAGUUCACAACCAUGACUCCCCCUCUGAUCUGCUCUAUUACCCCCACACGCCUCAUACGCUCUCGUCUGCCUGGACUCAUUUGCAACCUACUACUCAUUACAAUAAUAAUAAUAAUUCCUCUCGCUCGUCUUCUUCCUCCUGAUGAUCUGCACCAUUCACGUUGCAAAGAAUUGAAGCAGUAGCUAAAGUACUUAGAUGAUCAGAUGGAUAAAGGGUGGGCCGGGGGCGCCUCUAUAGGAUCGAUUUGGAAGGAUUUACAGCCAUUUUGUUACUGUGUUGGAAGUAGGCUGUCCAUAUGCAUUUGGGCUCCAAUCUUACGAAUUGCAUGAGAUAUUGGGCCUUCUCUCAGCUUCAAGUUUGUGGGUAUGCCACACGACUUGGACAGCAGACUGUGUCCCUUGCUCAGCAUCAUUAUCGGUUUCUCAUGAUCACAUAUAUCGAAGUUAUGACAGCCACACAAACAAAUGUGCUACACCAGAAGCUCUUUUUAAGUUUUUAUGCGUAAAGUAGAUUCUAUGACAUUUAUUAUUUAUCUAACAUUGUCUAGAAUAUUUAUAAAUACAAUAAUAAAUGGUGUAGGACUCGCUUGAUGUCUCGUUUUCUCUCCCA